AUGGAUGAAAAAGAUACCUACGGCUGCAACUACCUAGGAACUAUGUAGGCAUGGUGUACAUAGUGUGCCUCCCUACUUCUUCUUGUUUCUUCCAUUGUUCUUUUUAAAAGAGUUCAAAACUAGCCAGUACUGCUUACCAAUUUACAUUUGAAUUUCUCAUUUCUUUUUUUCAUAGAGAAACCCCAAAUCCAGAGAGAAUCCGAGAGGUUAAAGAUUACGAUAGAAGAAUGGAAACUGCUAUUGUCUGGCAACUAUAUUCAUUGUUGUUAACAAUAGUGAUACUUUUCACCAUAGCUGGAAAUUCCCUGGUUUGUAUUUUAAUAAAACGAAACAGAACAUUGAAAUCAUCCAUUAACUGGCUUCUUUUUCACCUGGCCAUUGCAGAUUUACUGGUAGCUGUGUUUUUUAUCCCUCCAUGCGUUCUAAGCCACUUUAUUCACCAUCCAGGUCGCAAGACUGGAAACAUUCUGUGCCUUAUAUUUACCGCUGGUACCUUAGGCUGGGUAUCUGCCUCAGCGUCGAGCUUUCUACUGGUAUCAGUUGCAUUCGAGCGAUAUUAUGCCACCUUACAUCCAUUUCGG